CCUACGCCUGCGGGGCAUAUACAAUUGGUUUUAGUGCCAGUCUCUGAUUGUAGCAAAGCCCACUCUGAACCUCUUUCAGUCUCGGGCUGUCUCUGUUUUCUCAGUCAGUUUUCAUCGACUCGUUUGAGAAGUCGAAAGGUUUACCCAGGAUACGGAAAAGCCGGAAAAAGAUUUAAAAAAAAAUGCCUGCAAAUAAAAAAAUUGAAGGAAACGCUAAAGCUGGGAGUAUACCGGGGGAUGCAGGAUCGGUGGCAACCGCGACUGUGGUUCGGCGCCAAAUGCCGCCGCGCGCCUGCAAGAGCAAGAGCCAGAGCACCGCCAGGCCCAGUCUUACUCCCAGCCGCCAGCAGCCCAGCCGCCAGAAGCCCAGCCGCCAGCAGCCCAGCCGCCAGCAGCCUGGCCACGAAGCCCAGCCUGAAGCCGACCACCGGCUCCCAGGCGCCAUCGCAGACGAUGCAGGCGAGUCGGUCGGAGUCGCUCCCGCAGUCGCACCCGGAGUCCCUCCCGUAGCUGCUCCCGGAGUCCCUCCCGUAGCUGCUCCCGAAGUCGCUCGCGCUGGACGAAACGCCGUUAGAAAUCAGCCGGCACCAUUCGUGCGGCGCACGAGCAGGAGGCUCAAGAGUCUGCCUCCGUUUUAGAUUAUUGCACCUUCCACCCUCCACCUUCCACCCUCCAUCUUCCCGAAUGCGGCCAGGUGCUGGGCACCCUCCUCCUAUCGCCCAUCAAAGAGCCCCAGGUGUCUGCGAGAGAUGGCUCCCGAAUGUAAAUACCACCUCUUAAGACAGACAUAAUAAAUCUAAUGAAUAAUGUAAUAUUUACU